UCACACUUAGUUGAACCUUUUCUUUCCUUCCUUAAGAGCUUUCAUUCCUUUACUUACUCUCUGAAAAAUUCAAUGUAUAAUAUGGACAAGGAUAAGUUGUCUAGGAGACAUCACAAAAACCCUUCAUUUUCAUCCACACUUCUUGAUGAAAUCUACCGUUCCAUUGAUGGUUAUGAUCAAAGAAGGGAAGAUUUGAAAUUACCAAAAUUAGAAACCAGGAAACCAAAAGCCAACACCAACAUUAACAAGAAGAAGAGCAUCGAAGAUGAAGAAAUUGCUAGUUUCAGAAGGGCUUGUUUGAUUGAGAAAUGGAUGGAGAAUAAAGUGAAAGACAAAGUUGUGAUGAACCGAAGAGUUCCAUCUCAUCAUGAAUUGGAGAAUGAUCCACUCAUUUUUAGUUCUACUUCUUCUGAAUCAAAUUCUGGUACUCUCUCUGCAUCUUCCUCUGAACCUGACUACUCUUUUUACUCUGAUAAAUCUUCAACUACAACAGCUUGUUUUUCUGCACCAACAACUAAAUCAAUGAUCAGGAGAGCCAGUGUUUCACCACGUAGGCCUACUCAACUCUAUUCAUUUGACAAUCAACAACCACUGAAAAAUGAAGAAAACAAUUUGAUAAAGUCCAAAUCAAGGGCUCUGAAAAUGUACCACAAUUUGAAGAAAGUGAAACAACCCAUUUCCCCAGGGGGUCGUCUUACUACUUUUCUCACUUCUAUUUUCAAUAACAAAUCCAAGAACCCAAAUGGUGGAAACAGAGCAGAUUUUCAUCAAGUAGAUGACAGGAAUUCAAAAUCUUCUUCAAUUUGUUCAUCAUUGUCAAGAUCCUGUUUAAGUAAAACCCCACCAAAAUUCACUCAAAAUGGUAUCAAAAGGACAGUCCGAUUUAACCCUGUUAGUGUUAUUGUUGAUGAAGAUUGUCGUCCUUGCGGUCAUAAAUCCAUAUAUGACCAAGAUUCAGAUGAUCUUCGUAAGCACAAAUCCCAAGGGAAUGCAGAGAAGAACAGGAAAUUUGAAGUUGAUUCAUUGAAGAGCCAUAAAAUUGUUGAUUAUACAGAGGAAGAAGAUGAUGAUGCAUCAAGUUGUUCGAGUUCAGAUUUGUUUGAAAUUGAUCACUUGGCACUCUUUGGUAACAAGAGAUUUUGUGAAGAACUUCCAGUUUAUGAAACCACACAUGUUGAUACCAAUAGAGGAAUUGCAACUGGUUUCAUACGUUAAUUAUUGUUAUUAGUUAGCCUUAGAAUUUAAGACAAUGUUAUUUAGUAAGAAAAGUUAUUUGGAUCCAUUCCCUUUUACAUGAUGAUAUAGUUCAAUUUUUUCUUCCAAUAAAUGAACUUUUAUUCUCUCCUUUUGUACAACAUUAAAAUAUGGAGCUUUAUUUUAUUUAUAUAUUUUGAGAA